CCGGAUCCCUUUCUUCCUCGUCUACCUCAAAUGCCAGUUCUUUGUCUCCCUCUCUGUUUACGUUAACCAGGCCUUAUCCUUCAUCGCUAUUUCACUAUAACCAUUAUAAUUCAUCUCCCAUGGACUCUUUCAACGACCAACUACUCCAUCACUUCCGCUUCUUCCGUGUAUACAAAGACGGUCGUAUCGAAAAAUUCCAUUCCACCCACAAAAUCCCUCCGUCCGAUGACCAAAUCACCGGAGUGAGAUCCAAAGACGUGGUGAUUUCAUCGGAACCUGCUAUAUCCGCCCGCAUUUUCCUACCCAAGAUCCAUGACCCGACCCGGAAGCUCCCGCUGCUGUUCUACGUCCAUGGUGGUGGCUUCUGCUUUCAGUCCGCCUUCUCUCCAGUGUUCCACAAGCUGGUCAGCUUAUUAGCUGCUAAAUCCAACGCCAUCGCCGUCUCGGUUGAGUACGGGCUUUUUCCGGAGCGGCCCCUACCCGCUUGCUACGAAGACUCAUGGGCGGGGCUUCAAUGGGUCGCAUCUCAUGCCAACAGAAACGGCCCGGACCCAUGGUUGAAUGAGUACGCUGAUUUUGACCGGGUCUUCAUUGGUGGGGACAGCGGAGGAGGGAACAUUUCUCAUACCUUGGCAGUUCGGGUUGGGACACUCGGGUUACCAGGCGUGAAAGUUGUUGGGUUGAUUCUGGUGCACCCGUUUUUCGGUGGUACGGAGGAUGAUCACAUGUGGUUGUACAUGUGUCCAACGAAUGGUGGAUUGGAGGAUCCUAGGCUGAAACCGUCUGCAGAGGAUCUGAGCAAGCUAGGGUGCGAGAGGGUACUAAUAUUUUUUGCACAAAAUGACCAUUUAAGAGACGUGGGUCGGUGGUACUACGAAGAAUUAAAGAAGAGUGGGUGGGUCGGAAAUGUUGAGGUUGUGGAGCAUGAAGGAGAGGACCAUGUUUUCCACCUGAGGAAGCCAGAUUGUGAGAAGGCUAUUGAUUUAGUCAACAAAUUUGCUGCCUUUAUCAACCAUAUGUUACAAAGAUUGUGAGAAGGCUAUCAAUUUGUCAUAUAUAUUUAUAUUUGUGUUGGAGUCGUAUGUACUUGAGUUUUAGUCAGUAUUGGUGUUGGAGUCGUAUGUAGUAAUAAGGGGCACCCAAUCUACAAGAUGUCUCACAUCUUUUGGAGUCCAAAGCAGAGUAUGAGUCCAAAUCCUAGUCUAAGGCAGUUUGUAAACUCUAUUUAAGGAAAGUCUGAGAAUAAAGUUUGGUUUG